CGUGUUCAUCUCAUCAUUUCACUCUUUCUCUUUCUUUUCUCUCUCUCUAGUAUUUUUUUUUGUUUAUGUAAAAGUCUUCACUUUGGAAUUUCCGAUCGGAUAACAAAAAAUGAUGAAAAUGACAAUUGGAACAACCGACGCCGGCGACGGUGAAUGGGAGCUCCGACCUGGAGGAAUGGUUGUACAGAGACGAACAGAUGAUAGCUCCAACGUACCACAUGUCAUCCAUGUUCGGGUCAAAUACGGGUCGGUCCAUCACGAGAUCAGUAUCAACUCUCAAUCUACUUUCGGGGAAUUAAAGAAGAGAUUGUCUGUUAAGAUAGGAGUUCAUCAUCAAGACAUGAAGAUUCUAUACAAAGACAAAGAAAGAGAUUCCAAGAUGUUUCUUGAUCUUUGUGGUGUCAAAGAUGGUUCGAGACUGGUUCUCAAAGAAGAUCCAAUUUCUCAGGAGAAACGUUUCCUUGAGAUGAGGAAACUGGUCGCUAAAGAGAAAGCCAAUAAAUCAAUAUCCGACAUUAGCUUCCAAGCCGAUAGACUCGCCGAGAAACUGUCGGCGUUUGAUGCAGUAAUUGGUAAAGGAGUGAAAGUUGAAAAGGAGAAUCUGGAGAAUUUGCUAGAGAUGUUGAUGAAUCUGUUGGUGAAGCUAGAUGCGAUUAUAGGCGAUGGAGAUAUUAAACUGAAGAAGAAGAUGCAGGAGGAAAGACUACAGAAGUAUGUUGAGGCACUAGACGUAUUGAAGAUCAAGAACUCAUUGCAACCGCAAACGCAAGUGAAACCUAAAACACAACCGCAGCUAGAACCUCAAAUACAAGCACAACACAAGGAACGAGAUGUGGUGACAGUUGAUGAGGAAACGUCGAGAAAAUGCACGGGUUCAUCGCCAGUUCCUCCGGUUAUCAUAACCACGAGAUGGGAAACGUUUGAUUCCAAUGCCACCUAUGCGGCCGAGGCUAAAACGGUUAAAACGCUCCAUCCAAAAUUCAAUUGGGUAUCAUUUGAUUAGUAUAUGUAUAUACAUAUACUGUACCUUACACGAUAAUGUUUGAUCUAUAUUUUUUAGAUUUUUGUAAUAUAUGUGGGCUUUGUUCUUUCUAACUGUGCAUGUUUUUGUGGUUGAACUUUUAGGUUUAAUUACCCUAUCAAAUUCUAGCUGUGUCGUAGGCUUAUAUCCUUAAGGAUAGCUUCAACCAAUAAUGAGA